GUUUACGUUCGGGGGGUGCAUUCACGUUCGUCGUAAAUAAAAUUGUACGCGAACAUCUUUACCUAUUUCAGUGGCUGCGCUUGUAGAGGAAUGGCCACUGUUCGUUAUAUUUUAUUUGUCUUAUUGGAAAGUGUUUUCCUUGCCCAUUUGCGGGCACAGACACUUAAUAUCUUGGCGUAUGAAUACAGCAGGAAAUUUUGGGAGAUCCCAGAUCUCGGAUUAGAAAUGGGACAAUGUGCUCAUUACGUACAAGAAGUGAUGCCAGGAUUCCCACUCGUCCACAGAUGCAUUUUACCACCAGUCUCGGGCCAGUCAACGUUACACCAUUUCAAGUUUCAAAAUGAUACCCAGAAUAUUCAAGUUCAGUCAGCCAACGACAUAUUUGCUUACAUUGGACUAUGUGACGCCACUGCUGUUACAUCACUUGGCCUGCUGCACAGGGGGGAUUGCAUAGCAAUUGAAGAACCAUCCAACAUCAAAGUGAUUCGAAUGUCCACUGCAAGACGGCUCAUGGAAGUGAAGAAAUACAGGACUGGUAAAAUGGCGGAGAUUAAGGGAUUGCUGGGGCGUUACGAGGGGGAGAUAAAGGACAUAAGGAGAGAGAUAGAGCAAAACUAUAUACAGCCCCACCUAGACUACGCCUUCCAGCCCUAUUUCUCCAGACCCCAGGGACUUCAGUUUCGCAGUGGCACAGACAGAGCAUUAUGGGAGAAGGCAUCAAUUACAGAGGUCAAAAUUAUCAAAGCCCAGGCUCGCCAGAGGUCCAUAUUGCGAAGAUGUAAGCGGAUCAUGUUGCCCAGUUGUGCCACAAUGAAAACUCUUAAGUUAAACAUCAAACUACUUAAAGGAGCGUUCGAUACAGAGAGACAAAAAUGGGUCAAUCUAAGUGUGAAACAAAAACAACAAACAGUGGAAACAACUAGAAAGAAGAUCAACAACUUGGCACAGCAACAGUCGAAAAUGAUUUCUCAGUUUAAGCAAUGGCGAAGGCAACAGAAAGCCGCGAAGAGAGCCGAGAAAUUAAAACAGAAGAAACUCCGCCAGAAACAGAGAUCACAAAGAAAGAAAUCCAAGAAAAUUAAAAUGAACAGAGGCAAAAUAGUGUUGUUAACCAAUAACACUAUCCUACAGAAUGUUGUGUAGCUUUAGUACUAUACCGGUAUUUUAAUUGUUAUUGUUAAAACUUUCUUUAAAUUGUUAUGCUUUCUUUAUUGCAUGGAGAGUUGGAGAUUUGUUAUCUUCUAACAUAAGAUGGUAAUGACAAUACAAUUUAAAACAAUAUGAAUGGUUCUUAUUCAAACGUAUACAUUUACCAAUAAUGACUGAGAUACUAUAUAGUUACUCAAUGGCUGUUUUCUAAACUUCAACAACAGUCCUAAUGGUUUGAUAUUUUUAAAAAUGUCUACUUCUGAAGUAAGCCUUGAUUGCUCGUUAAUUAUUUCCCAAAACUAAAUAAAAACAUGAAAACUUUUACGUAAACUGUUUUAAGACUGCAGGACUUUCAUCCUCUCAAUGCCGUGAGACCUGGCAUUGCGAGGAUGUAGGACUCUGGUCUAGCCGUUUGCCUGUUUGUCUGUAUGAACAAUUUUUCACAUACAGUUAAAACUAAUUAUUUUUCUGGUUUUUGAUGUCAAUGAAUGUUUAAAAUAGAAUAUUUUGCAAUUCUUAUUUAAGUUAUGUCAGAAGACGAAGUUCAUGUAUUACAUUUGGUAAACUGACAGCCUGACAACACCAACUAUUUUAUUGUAUUUUGAUAUUUGAAUGAU